CUUUCCUUGAUUAAUCUCUGAUUACCGGCCUUUCAACGUAUUUACAGACAGGGUACGUACGUGAGGUGUGGUCUACUGCAGCAUCGAUCGUGUCCGACAAGUUCUGCGUUAUGACAGCCGGAUGGAAACCAUAAAGAAUCUCCGCUUAAAAAGGUGAAGCAUAUCUCUUUCACCUGCGUUCCGCGAGCGGGAACAGUAGAGGCAAUAUCGAGUUUUUUUUUCGUUUUUUUUUUUGUUAAAUCUGGACUGGCUCAGAACAACGUCGGUGUCAACAAGUUGUCUCAUUUAGUAGCCAUCUAUCAUUCGCCUUCAACCAACUGGAGACCUGUCAACUACAAAUUACAUCGACGACCAGUACACGGGAACACAGUCGGCUACAUGGCAUAUCUAAGUCCAACCUUCUCUGGUGACUUGGCGUAUUUCGAAAGUCAUCACACCCGCUCUGCUAUCAUCCCUUCCGCAUUCUGCGCUUCUCCCGCCCUGCCUCCGUUUUACUCUCCGAGUUUUGCCUCGAACUUUAUUAACUUUGCCUCGGCGUUCCAUGGACCUCGCUAUUCGGGCAUAAGUCUGAGCAUGGAGCGAGACCACCUACCACAAUCACCGCCACAUAACAGUCGAGACAAAAACAGAAAGUCCACUGCUGCAACAACCACGUCGACAUCGGCAACAACAUCAACAGCAUCGUCGUCAUCAUCAUCACCAUCAACAGCAACAGCAGCAGCGGCAUCGUCGUCCAACAGACCGAGUUCUUCGUCGGGCUCUACCGCAACCACGGGAGCAUCGACAUCGUCUCAGAGCUGCAGUAACAGUUUUUCUAUUGAUAGUAUACUCGGCAGAAACAGCAGCAGUAGGGAUCGUGAUAGCGAUAAAAGCGGCGAAUUUGUAGAACAACAGAACGAUAAAUCGGACACAAGCGAGGAAGCUUCGAGCAGCAAAUUGGAAGAUGAUGACGGGGAUGGCUCCAAUCCCAUGGCUCGCUUCUCGUGGCUGCAAUGCACACGUUAUAAGCCACCACGUUUGCCCAGAGUUAAGAAGAAGGACGGUACGAAGAAACGGAAACUAGGACGCAAUCCCCGUGUACCAUUUUCAGCUGGGCAAGUUGCCAUGUUGGAACAGAAAUUCCGAAGAACGCACUACCUAAGUAGUAUUGAUGUGUCCGAGCUGUCGGCGGCCCUCAGCCUCAGUGAGAAUCGGGUAAAAAUUUGGUUUCAGAACCGCCGAGCACGAGAACGACGAGAUCGGGAGAAUAUGGAGAAGUCUGGCACGCGAGCGAUACCUUGGACAGGCGGCCAGGGUGCCAGUGCAAAUCCUGUCCCACCGUUUUCCCAAGCCGUCCAGGAAGGGACUUCAGCGUUCACGCCUGUGUCGUACAACUACUGAAUAUAAAGAAAAAAACAAUUUUUCAUCGUGCUUGGAUGUAGAUUUAAUUUAAGCGGGGGUUUCCAUGGCGUGGGAACGGUUAGAACCCGGCGUGAUUUAAAUAUGAGCGUACGGCCGGUGUAGUAUUCGUAGCAGAGGACAAAUAGUGUCAAAAACAGCCGUGUUUAGUUCGCGCUGUACAACCCAAGUAUACGACCCCGCCCGAAAUCGACAGUUCUGUGGGAGUGAGCAGAAUCUAUAUCAACA